GGCUAGGUGGAAUCCUGCGGCACGCGCGCGGACGCGAUCCCCGUCGCUCAGGACGCGAUCCCCGUCGCUCAGGACGUGCCGUGCACGAGCUCGCCGCCGGUGACGACGAUCGAUUCCGCAGUCGCGUUCAUCCCGCACGCCUAUGUAACCGGCUCUCCGCUUUAAGCGUUUAAGCACGCACUGCGUUCUAUUUUCAGUUGAAUUAUUAAUGCCGAUCGAUUCGCCGUGAUUACUGUGUACGCAAUCGCGCACCGAUUACUCGUCCGCAUCUACGCUUCGUACACCGUGCGAGCGGGCGUCAAGUGUCAAGUCAUCGAAGCCGAGGAGCUACGCAGCACUUUGUUACUUUCGCGCGUCCGCGUGUUAUCAGAACGCGUGCUGUGACAGCGAUUGAUCAGCGAAUCAGUACGAUCGCCGGUCGGCCUUAUCGUCGAUCCAGCUCGUCUCCACGUUAUUUACCUUUCGAUUUGCCUCCUAAGACGGAUAAAACAUGUCGGACGUCGAAGGCGACGAUGAGUUCCAAGAUGCGCAGGAGUCUUUACCACAGCUCACCUCCAUGGAUUUGGACACGUCGUUAAUGGAGGCGAGGAAAGCGAUACACCUCUUCUUCAACAACGAUUUCGACCAGGCCAGGAAGAUCUUGGAGCCGUGGGCGAACAGCAGCAUGUAUCAUUCCUUGGGGUCCUGCGUGAUCAAGUUUCUCGAGGGGAUUCUUACCAUGGAACAUGAAUACAUAGAAAGGGCGGCGGAGGCGGUGAAGCAAUGCAUAAACGUGUGUUCUAAAUAUCGCAAGCACACCAGCAUCACGCAGAACAUCGGAAAAAUAGUCAAACGGAUCAAUUACGACGAUUAUACAAACGAGGAAGUGCAUGCGGAACUCUGUUAUGCUGAAUCGCUCCUGUUAAAGUCGAUGAUCUCGUUUGCGGAGGAUGAAAGUCUGAUCGCCUUUGUCAGAGCAGGAUUGAAAAUUCGUAACUGCUUUCUGUCAUACAAGGAGUGCCAGACAAUCCUGAAGAACCGCAAAUGGGGAAAUGAAGUUCACAAAUUGCACUUCGAGAGCGGCGUUCGUAUGGGCAUCGGUACAUUCAAUUUGAUGAUAUCAUUAUUACCAACGCGAAUCAUCAAAUUGUUAGAAUUUAUGGGAUUCUCCGGCGAUAAGGAACUCGGCUUAGGGGAACUGAGGGCAGGCUACGCGGAGAGGAGAGGUCUGCGACAAAUCUUGUGCAUGAUGACCCUGCUAUCAUAUAAUCUAAUUGUCAUCUAUGUGCUAAGCCACAUGGAUGGCGACCUGGAUUGGUGCGAAAGGGUGUUGGACGAGGAGCUGAGUGUCUACCCGAACGGCCUAUUGUUUCUGUUCUUCAAGGGUAGACUGGAGAUGACCCGCGGCCAUUUUGAGAAAGCCAUAGAGUGGUACACCAAGUCGUGGAAGAGCCAAAACUCCUGGACGCAAUUCCACAAUCUAUGCUACUGGGAGAUCAUGUGGGCGCACUGCGCGAUGCAGCAGUGGAGCAAGGCGCUUCCAUACGCGGUCUUACUCGUAAAAGAGUCCAACUGGUCGCGUACCAUCUACCUGUUCCAACAAGCAGCGAUCCUCAUCAUGCAGAAACCGUCGCACGGUAGCGAAGAGAAGCAGACGAUAGACAAUCUGAUGAUGCAGGUGCCUGUCUAUAAGCAACGCAUCGCCGGCAAGUCCUUACCGUUUGAAAAGUUCGUGAUUAGGAAGUCGGAGCGUUACUUCGCGCAGAAGAAGAACUUGGUGCUGCCUAUGUUUGAGAUCAUGUAUAUGUGGAAUUUCUUCCGGAUAGUCGGCAAACGGCCAGAAUUGAUUCUGAGUAUAUUCAAGAGGAUAGAGAACGAGGAGAAGGAACUUAAAACGGUGCCGAAAAACGAGUUCGACGCAGACAACGAGGCACUUAUAUUGUUGCUGAAAGGCAGCUGUUUGCGACAGAUGCAGCAUCCUCUGCAGGCAGAAGAGUGUUUGCGAGGCGUCUUGCGAUUGGAAAAAUCCGUCAAAGAGGACACGUACUUAUGCCCUUACGCUACUGUGGAAUUAGCGUUACUGGCUUUAGACCAAGGCGAUACCCAAUUGGCUAUAGACUUUUUGGAAGACGCCAAAAAGAACUACACAGGCUACUCAUUAGAGUCCAGAUUGCACUUCAGAAUACACUCACAUCUGAUGAUGCUGACUAGUAAGAAGACAAACAGUGACAUAACGAAGAACGAUAAAGCGGAUAUUACUGCCAAUAACAGCGUCAUCGUCGCGGGUCCAAGCGCCAACGAUUCCAUCGAAAUUAAAUCAUAGAGGCGACGCGUUUGCGGCGUAAAAAAGUUCCGAAUAAUAUGUAAAUCUAUUUAUUUGCAAACAAUUUCUUUUGUAUCUAUUUAGGCAAUAUCUAUCGUAUGUACGACAAAACUCUCGUGACGACGAUCGUUUUGCAACUGCGUUUUGCGGUGACUUUGUGUCCUUCGAAAGGCCUCUCGCAUGGCUUGCCUCUGGUUUCACUAAGAAAAGACUCUUACGCUUUCAUCGAACGUAGCGGAAAUAGCGUACGAGUCUCGAUUAUGUCUGAGGAUAACCAAGGCUAUUUUGUAGUACGACUAAUGUAAUAUAAAUUAUGUUUCUCCGUGAAAUGAAGAGAAUAAUGCAGUUUAUUUCAUGGGACUUUGCGCGUGAGGGUAGUGGAAGGUAUACAUUUUGUAGUGAUUAAUAUUAUAUAUAUAUACAUAUUAUAUACAUAAAUUAUUUUCUUUUACGAGAAAAUCGAUAAAAUCUUGAGAGUGAAUUGCGUACGUCCAAUGUAAUUGGUCCAAUGGUGAUUGUUAUAAAUAUUGACUUAUAAAUAUUGAUUUUAUGAGACUGUAUAUAUGCUAAGACGAUUACGGAUUGUGUAAAUGGAAUAAUAAAAUUAUUACAAAAUAAUAUUA